ACCCGACUAAGUGUCCAACCUUAAAAACAAAAAGCAUGCGACCGUCGAUUUGGGACAGUAAUACAACUUUCUGGAUAUGAUCCAUCAUUAAGCUCGACAGAAGAAGAAGAAGAAGAAGAAGAAGAAGAAGAAGAUACAAUGAGCGGCGUUAUUUUAAUAGAUCCAUGGCCACGGGCUGCCAAAUAAGGGUAGGACAUGGAUUAAAAAUAACGAGCCAGAGAAGGACCGCGUCUGAGUGAUCAAUAUCAGCGAGUACGCGACAAGUAUUUUAUAGUGUAAUUUGACUUUAUUCAGUCAUUGUCCUUUUUCGCGCAAAAAUCCUGAUCUUGGUUGCUAUUGAGGUUACUGUUCUGUUCCUGCUUACUUUUGUUUGAGUUGUACUUUAAAGUUCUUAAAACGAACUACUUAAUAUUUGCACCAGUUUUAUGCACCAAGCAGCCUUUGACAUGUCUCAGAAUGGAUGUUGUCCAGCACCCCCUCCUCUGCCUGCGAAUAAUUUGAUGCAGUCAAAGAAGCUGUAUCAAAUUAUCGCCAGCAGCAAGACUGCAGUUGAGGGGGACUACACCGAGGCUCGCAUACUGCUCAGUCAGCGACAAAGCAGUUUUAGGACUGACCUGAUGUGGGUUUUAGUGAACACCUACGUGCCUUCCCUCAUUCAAGAUGGUCCUCAGUGUGGUUUGGUGGCAUUGUGGAUGGCAGCACACCUCCGCCAGCCUCAGCUGAAUAUUGACAUGGAAACUGUUACACAGACAGCUCUGAGCAAAGCAUACACUGCUCAAGGAGAAAUGUUUUCAGCUCAAAAUAUGGCACUGUUGGCAGAAGAGAUUUGUGGCUGCAAGGCUCAAUUGCUGUCAGGUGGUUUACGAGAUGACAACGCAUUAGCAAUUAUAAAACACCUGUGGGAUCGCCAGCCUGUUCUCAUUCCCUAUGAUGAGGAUUUUAACCACGCACCGUGUAAGCGAAGUGGCGUCAAGGCACACUGGGCUGUUGCAUCAGGUGUUCUUCUUGGAUUAGACCAUGGGAGCCUAAAUAAACAGCACCUUGAGUCUGACUCAUCUUUGCCUUGGCUGUACCUGCCUACUGAUGCAUCACCAUGUCCCCUGAGCAGUUCCCAGCCCAGAGAGGUUUAUAUAUUGGCCAAGCAGGGCAAGAGCCUCCGUUACCAGAUAUGGAGUUUAGACUGCAUAGCUGAAAGCAAUGAACAGCUUAGGACGCUAGACCCCAAAAGAGAAAACAAUGGGACCUACUAUGUGCUACCUGAAGGAGGGGUGGAGGCCGGAUUAUUGGGCCAAGCAGUAUUGCUUCAUACAAGGUCACUGAAGCAAUAACUGCUAGAUUUUCCGAAGAGAAGAGUGACUGAAUAGCUUAAUUUAUUCAUCUUAAAAUGUACUGUAUUCUGCUGCUGCAAGUUUCAAGACAUCAAUGCUUUAUUUAUAACUUGUGGAUUUCUUUAAGAAUAAAUCUCAUUUACAUAU